AGGUCCUCAAGACUUAAACUUCCUGUUAGUAGUAGUCUUCUUGUGGAAGAGCAGUUUAGUGAAUUUGGCAGUAGAGGUACAUGUCAGAGGCUACUAUGUAGCAGAAUUCAAUUACUUGCAUACUUUUUGGUUAUUUAAUUCAUUUCUGUACAUUUUAUUUGGUCAAAUGUGCAUGCUGAAGUUGAUAUUUCUGUUCAUGGAUAUUUUAAAACUCAUUUGCCCAUGACCAUGUCGCCAAUGUUUAUGGUAUUUGCUCUGGUUGCAGCCUCUCUGUGUCACAGUGGAGACUGUUCGCAUAAAUGUUCACAGCCUUUGCCUGGUAAUCAGAUGCUUACCACAACCAGCUGUUUGGCAGGCUAUUUCAAAAAAGCAUCUUGCCAAAAUCCAGGUUAUUUACUCUGUGAGAAAUGUGAAAAGGACAAAUACACAAAAUAUAACAACACACUGCUUGAUUGCAUACCUUGCGAAUCGUGUGGUGUUGGUAUGAUUACUAUGCGUGAAUGUACAAAUGAAAAGAACCGGGAGUGCAGGUGCAAAGAUGGGCUUUACAUGAUUAACAAGCAUACAACUUACUCGUCAUGUGAAAACUGUACAAGAUGCACAAACUGUAGCACAUGCCCCGAAUGUAAUGGUAAAUGUGGAGUGCCGUCUUGUGGGCGUGACCAAUUCUUGGAUCAAAAGGGGAAAUGCCAGUCAUGCGCUGCUCACAAUUGCUCGGAUAAGUCCUGUAAAUCCUUUUGUGAACCAGUGAAAUCUAAUCUCACAAUAUGGAUUUUGGUGAUUGCGUCCCUGUCCAUACUGGCACUGCUCGGACUUUUUGCUCUUUUUUGCUUCAUCUGUGAAGCCUAUAGAAGGAAACAAUUUUGCUACUGGGUUCAUAUAAAGAACAUGAAUGACGGCCAUGCUGGUCAUAAUGAAGUUCCACCAAACACGCCAACUUUACCUGAUCAGCCUGAGGACCAGCUGAACAAUCAUUUGCUAUUGAACAUAAUCUCUGGAACUGCAGUGAAAGAUCCAGGGACCAGAGACAAACAAAGACGUCUGGACUCAGACUGGACUAGACAAAUCGCAGCACCCCUUAUUAUAAAUGAGGGUAUAAAAGAGCUGCCCAGGCAUAACAUGGAGAUGUGGCCAGCCCCGGUGCUCUACACCAUCAUCAAACAGGUUCCUGUGCGGCGUUGGAAGGAGUUCUUACGGUUGCUUUCCGUAUCUGAUGAUCAAAUGGAGAGAGUGGAGCUGGAGGCAAGAGGCUCCUAUCUGGAGCUGCAAUAUCAGAUGCUCCGGCUCUGGAGUCAGAUGAGUGAUGCUUGCCUGGAAGACAUCUACUCUACACUACAUUAUAUGGACCUGUCAGGGUGUGCAGAGGAUCUGCAAGAGAAAUUGCAGCAGUUGCAGGAGACCUGGGUCUAGAUAAGUCUGUGAAUACAGGGUAUCCCAAAAGUCUCCAAAUAUAGGGGAUGGUUGGAUCAACAUUUUCCGGGUUCUUGGAUUGGUUGCCAUGUCCCCAUGGAGUGGCCUCCUGAGAUCCCCAGAUCUCAGCCCACUUGAUUUUUACCUCUGGAGCCAGGUGAAAGCCAUGAUCUACCAUGAAAAGAUACAGCACAAAGAUCAUUGAAAGGAAUGAAUUCAACGUGCAGUUACAUGUACCAUAUAACACCAGAUGUGUUAGCACGAGUUCAUGAGUGGGAGAGACGAUGUCGUGUGUGUUUACAAAGAAAUGGCAAUCCUGUAGAUUCAAGUUACACUUUGUUAAAAAGUGCUAAUCUCCCACAUGUAUGGAGACUUUUGGGACACCCUGUAUUUUUACCUCUCAGCAGGCCCAAUACUUUAGUGUUCUCAAAUACUCUGAAUCGAAUGUCUGACACAGUUGGGACAUUUUAUUUGUAUACAUUGCACUUGUACAACCUACAAGAACCAUUGUUCAAACAGGUUUUUACAAUGUAUUACAGAAAGUAAAUGAAUAUGAAGCUGCGUCAUGCUGCUUAUACUUUUGAAAUAAUGUAUUCUUGGUUUCUGUUAUCUGAAAUGUAUUGCAAAGUGCACAGAAAGUAUAUAUAGAGACAUCAGAUAAGCUGUAACAGUAAGUAAUUAUUUAACUACAUUAUACUUGCCACAGAUAAUUGAGGCAGCACGCUAUAAGGACAAAUUUAAGCUAGUCUUUGCGAAGCCAUAAAGGUUCACCUCAGUACAGGAGUUAAAUUACAAUGGUUUAAGAUGUAUAAUGUUGCCAUACACCAGCUGAUGUCCCCCCACUUUUCGACACUGUUUUUAUUUAAAAAAAAACAACCCACCAACAACAACACUUCAAUCAGAACUGUAGGUUUUAAAAACCAUUAAAUGUUUAAGUAUUACACAUCCGCUGCCACAAAUGGUGGGCUGAGGGUGAAGUACGGUAUGUGACAUUUUUGAAAGUCACUCUGGCACAUUAUGUGCAUUUAUUAUGAUAUCAAUUUGGGGUCAUGUUACCGGUGGUAUUUUUGUGUAACCUUAUACUUGUAUGUGUUCUUUAAUUUGUGUAGAAUAAAUGUAAUGUAGCUUAAA